AUGGCGGCUCGGCGGCGCUGAGCGGGGCGAUGGCCAUGGCGGGGCCCGGCGCGGCCCCUCCGCGCCUGGCGCUGGCCCUCGCCGCCCUCGCCGCGCUGGUCGCCGUCAAGUACUACCGGGACGCGGAGGCGGCGCGGCGGCAGGAGCUGGCUCUGAAGUCCUUGGGAAAUGAGGGGCUGUUCCUCUUUUCUUCUCUGGACACAAACAAUGACCUGUACCUCAGCCCAGAGGAGUUCAAGCCAAUAGCUGAGAAGCUGACAGGGGUUGCUCCCAUCUCAGAAUUUGAAGAGGAGGAGAUGCCUGAUCCAAGCGGGGAGACUCUGUCCGUUGUGGCAAAAUUCCAGCCUUUGGUCAUGGAAACAAUGACGAAGAGCAAGGAUGGUUUCCUGGGAAUUUCUCACGUUGCUCUCUCUGGGCUGAGGAACUGGACGGCCCCAGCAGCCCCUAUGAGUGUGCUGCUUGCCAGGCAGUUUAAAGCCUUCCUUCCUCCAAAGAAUAAACUGGAUCUCGGGGAUCCGUGGUGGAUAAUUCCCAGUGAACUGAACAUCUUCACUGGGUAUCUUUCCAACAACAGAUUUUACCCUCCGCCUCCCAAGGGCAAAGAGGUGAUAAUCCACAAGCUUUUGAGCAUGUUCCACCCCCGGCCCUUCGUGAAGACCCGCUUUGCCCCCCAGGGGGCCGUGGCCUGUAUCCAAGCCAUCAGCAGCUUCUACUACACCAUAGCAUUCCGGAUCCACGCUGAGUUCCAGCUGAACGAGCCACCAGACUUCCCCUUCUGGUUUUCCCCAGGCCAAUUCACAGGUCACAUCAUCCUCUCCAAGGACUCUUCCCAUGUCCGAGAGUUUAAGCUCUUUGUCCCUAACAACAGGUCUCUGAACGUGGACAUGGAGUGGCUGUACGGGGCGAGCGAGAGCAGCAGCAUGGAAGUGGAUAUUGGAUACCUGCCUCAGAUGGAGCUGGAAUCGACAGGACCUUCAAUCCCCUCCGUGAUCCAUGAUGAGAAUGGAAACAUCAUUGACGGCAGGGAUCCCUCAGGGGAGCCCAUCCAGUUUGUGUUUGAAGAGAUAACCUGGCAGCAGGAAAUCCCUUGGGAAGAGGCAGCCCAGAAGCUGGAAGUGGCCAUGUAUCCAUUUAAGAAGAUCUCCUACCUGCCCUUCACAGAAGCUUUCGAGAGAGCAAAAGCAGAGAAGAAGCUGGUGCACUCCAUCCUGCUGUGGGGGGCCCUGGAUGACCAGUCCUGCUGAGGUUCGGGGCGAACUCUCCGGGAGACCGUCCUGGAAAGUUCGCCCAUCCUCGCCCUGCUCAACGAGAGCUUCAUCAGCAGCUGGUCCCUGGUGAAGGAGCUGGAGGAGCUGCAGAGCAACAGAGAGAAUGAGUUCUACAGCAAACUGGCUGACCUGCAUCUGGAGAAAUACAACUUCCCUGUGGAGAUGAUCAUCUGCCUCCCCAACGGCACCGUGAUUCACCAUAUCAAUGCCAACUACUUCCUGGACAUUACUUCUAUGAAGCCUGAAGAUGUUGAAAGCAGCAUCUUUAGUUUCUCAACCAAUUUUGAAGACCCUUCAACUGCAACGUACCUCCAGUUCCUGAAGGAAGGACUGCAAAGAGCAAAACCAUACCUGCAGACCUAAAAACAAAGGCACCUGAAUGCCCCACAGAGACAGCCAAAGACUUCAGAGAUCUAUUUUGGUUACAGCAACUCCUCCUCAUCUUCAUGCCAGACAUUGAUGUUAAGCUGCAAAGAGUCCCAGGGCAGGGCUUUGCUCUGGAUGUUGGUUUGAGGCUGAGUUUCAAGUGAUACCAGUUUACACAACCUGCCCUUUUGAGUUCAGGCAAAUUUUACAGGAGUUAAAAAAUACUUGAAUACAUUCUCAGUGCAUAUGCCUUGGUCUGCCACCUACCCUCAUUUGUUUUUCCAGCUCCUGUUCAGACUCAGGAGCAUCACCCAGAUGUAACAGCAUCACCCAGAAACCCUGAUCUGCAGGACUGGACUGUUGCAGAAUUGCCAUUAUGACCAAACACUCGUGGUGAGAACAGACUCCAGCACCAGUGGGAAGCUCCCUCCUCCCACCUCCGUGCCAGUGCCAUGGAUGCCAGCUCCUGACAGCAGCGUUUAUUGACAGUGACAACCAGUGUGUGAUGGGACUGUAGCUGGGAAUGUGCAGACAGGAACGUGGGAGGUUUGAACUGGAGGAUGAGCUCUGGAGGGGCCUCCCAGGGCCUUGUGUGACCUGGUGGCAGAGGGGUCUCACUCAUUCAGGCUCUGUGCCCCUGAGGGAGGUGCUGAGCUUCACACAGGAACAUUAGGAAUGGAGACCAGGGCACUUGGUGCAGCUCAGAGGUGUCAGGUGAAGGAUCAGUUUUGGGGGCUGAGCCCCCCCAGUGCAGUCCAUGCACUCCAGGCUCUGGGACACAGCAGUGAGCAGUGUCCCCCGUUCAUCCCAGGGCUCCCACCCCGCUGGCUUUGGGACCCUGGUUCUCCCAGUGUCCCCUCAGCAAUGCCCUCUCUGUGUUUGCUUUGAGCUUCCAGGUCACCCUGGAUGAUAAAACAUGAAGUUCCCUUUGGGAACUGCCCUGAGAGCAUUACCUGGUUGAGAACUGAGCAGUUCUAAAAGCCAGCAGUACUAAAAAUAUUUUCAGGAGAUUUUUCCAAAGAUGUUGUUCAGACAUAAAGCCUUCCUCCCUUAUCUGAAACCACCCUGAGCAGUUGCCCCUACUCUCUGCCAAUGCCUGGCUACAGAGCGAGCAUAAUUUUGUACUUUGGAGAAGGAAAAGUUAAAUGAAACGGGUUUUAGGCAUAUUCCUACAGAUAUGUGAGGAGACAAAGCAUCUUCAGUAGCUGCCUGCAGCCAGUUGGUGAUGCUUUUUCUGCUCCCUGAAGCACAAUUUUGUUGGACCAAAUCAAAAGAGGUAUUUUCAUUCCUGGGCUCCAGGUCCAGGGAAUAUCCUGGGAGUGGUGAUAUCCUGACCCCACCCUGCCCCAGCCCUCCUGUCUGUACCCGAGCCUGGAGACUGAGCUUAGCUGGACCUCUGGGCUGAACCAGUGCCACUUCACUAAUUGCUCUAGUGAGAUUAAUUACCCCGGGAAGUUUCUCAGUAUUGGCUUUAUAACUAUGCAUUAGCUCUGCACUUUCCUCACACUCCGAGGGGCUGCACUGGGACAGGCUGGGACUGGCAGUGCCGUGUUGAGACACCGAGCUCCUGCCACACCGACAGUCUCAUCCCUUCGGGGGACUUCGAUCCCUUCAGGGCUCCGAGGAAGCCUUUGGGAUCCUACAAAGUACCUUGUUUUUUACUCUCGUGAACCCCUGGGCUCCUGCAGCCACCUCUGAGCGCUCCCGGGAGAGCUCAGGAGAAGGGGGUCGGUCUGAGCAGCGGCAGAGGGAGCCCAAACAGCCACCCCCAGCCUGGGGGGGUCCAGGGGGUCCUGGAUCCUGUUAACCUGCCAAACUGCUCCGUCGCUGCCCACCCGCUGCCGUGGGUGGGCUGUGGACAAGCAGCUGCCGCGCGAGGCUUUACUAAUCCGUGCCAAGCCUGUGUCCUGUUUGUAAACCACCGAUGUACUCUGUAAAUUCUCCGCAGGGUCAGCGAUACCUCGGGGAGGGUUGGGUGGCUGGUGCUGUUUCCCCCCCUCCUUCCCUGCGCCUUGUGACGCCCUGGCCUGAAACCCACGGCGGGCCAGGGCCGAUGUGGGCCGGGGAGGGCUCGGGGGGAGCAGCCCCUGCGAGGGGCGGUGCCGGUGGGCGCGGGGGGGCCCUCGGGCCCGGCUGUAGCUGCACCGGUAAAACCAUCCAUCCCACCA